UCGACGGAUGGAUUUGCAAUGGCCUCGCACACCCGAGGCAAGGGCCUGCCGAAUUGAAUGUAGCAGGAUCAUCUCGAUUGAAUCUGUGAUCGAUCGGAGGCGUUGGGGAGCCUGGAUCGCUGUAAGGAUGGCUCUCGUCGUUAAUAUGUCUCUGCAAUUUGGGUGAGACAAAUGGGCACAAUGCGUUUCGGUCUCAUCUCCCCUUCUUUCGGACUCGGGAUCAACAAACCCUCUAUGCACAUGCAUGGCCUACAUUAUGGGUCUUGGCCCACGCCGAAGCUUCUCUGCAGCCUCGCUGGGACCUCGCUACUGGGCAGAUGCGCUGCACGGGGCGCCUAUCCGAUUGUCAGUGGCAGGACCCAGAGGCCGGCCUCUGAUAACGCACGAUCGCAUUCACCUUCUCCUCCCAUCCGGGUUGGCUGCUCAACCCGGGUCAGCCCCACGUGGUGCGGAGUCUGGUACCGUGCGUGCGGAAAUCUGGCCCUGGCCCUUGGCCAGACGCAGAAGGCAGAUGCGGGCCCCAUUGUUCUUCGCCCGCCUUUACCCACAGCCACGCUCUGCAGGGGCAGGGCAACUGACAGAGGGCGUGGCCGCCGGGGCCUCUCCCGCCUUCCUAUGUGUUUCGGAGUGCCUGCGUCUCGCAGCAAAGGCGGGCAGCAUCAGGCGAAGGCACUUGUCCUAUCCAAAGUUUCAAUUCAGCUCAGCUCGGUGACUUCACCCAAGUGCUCCCACCGCAAUUGGCAAGCGGCAAGCGAUGGCCUUUACCCAGGGCUGCCUGCACCCCCUUUGCUGUGAACGCUUUGGCCCACGGGCCACGAGCCCGUAUAGUACGAGAUCCCGAAGAACCUCAUAUAGUCUCGGUGCCCGGUCCCCAUGCAAUGAGACUUGCCUUUGUCACUUUCUUCUUCCGUAUCAGCACACACAGCGAC